AAUUUUGUAAGCUUUGGUACGACUUCUCAGACGCAAGAACAUCGUCAGUAGCUUCAAAGACUUAGGUUUCAGCCAUGAGAACGGAGAAUGUGGCCGUCCAAUACGCCAGCUUUAUAUUACACAUCCUCACCUGUGUCAUCGGGGUGCUGGGUAACGCCGCUGUUAUCUAUGUUUAUGGUUUUAUAAUGAAAAAAAAUAAGUCUAAAAUCUGGUUUCUGAACCUGGCCGUAGCGGAUUUCGUCUUCGUCCUGUGCCUGCCGCUGAAUGCAGUGGCAAUAUUUACGAGCAACUGGCCUUUCGGGCCCCACGUGUGUAAACUGUAUCACUUCCUUUCUACAUGUAACAUGUAUGUCAGUAUAUUCACAAUUACCGCCUUAACUAUUGACCGGCUCCUGUCGGUGGCCAAACCCAUCUGGCAUCAUAAGUUCUUCUCCCAGCGGUUCUCUUACUGGAUCUGUGCCUUCAUUUGGGUGUUAACGGUACUGGCCAGCCUUCCGACAUUAUUUUUUAGUGUUGAAUACAAGACGGCUGAACACACGGAAUGUAGACUGUUUGAUAUUGGACAUAUUAAUAAUGAGGUCAAUAAGGACCAAACACUUGAUGACUACAGUUACUAUCUAGAAAAUUCCUGGAUUUAUGACGAAAACCAAACAGAAAUAACCAGUAACCAAUCACUGAGCCCCGUUGAUUGGUCAAACAAUUUUUUCAGUGGAUUAUGGAUGCCAGAGACAAACCUAACAGAACCGGAUAUUAACCAAACCUCAAGGGGACUUGAUGGAAACACUACAGGGGUUUUGGUCUUGAGAAGGGAAAUGUUUAACAAUUCAGGUGGCCCAUUUUUCAUUCUUCCGGGAAUUCCAUUUGAAAUUCCAAAAUACUUUGUCACUGCAAUUUUGAACCUCGAUGUAUGGAAUAGAAUGAUGCAUAUAACAGAGAGUAUUAUCUUACCUCUUUUAGUCAUCGGUUACAUUAUCCCUCUCUGCACAAUCCUGAUUUCCAAUGUAAUAAUUAUCUUCCGGGUUAGAAAAUCCCAAAGACAAAAGUCUUCUAGACUGUAUCAGAUUACAGUGACAGUGGUGGUGGUCUACUUCCUAACGUGGACACCACUGGUUGUUGGGCAACUCACGUUACUGGCGUGUGCUCGAAGUAUGGACUUUGACCUAAUGAGAAAAGUCUAUAUGAUUUUGCCUUUACUAUACAGCAUUGGCUAUACUAAUAGCUGCUUAAACCCUAUUAUAUAUGCGCUGGUUGGUAAACAGGUUAGGAGAGCACUUAGAGAAUUUGUUAGCUCCUUGCAACAGAGCUUUUCCAGGAGUUCCCACAACAACCAUUAAAGUUUCAAGCGGCUCAAAAUAAAAUAUUGGACUUAUUCAUUAGAUUCUGAUAGUUUUCAUGACAAUACCAUUGAAAAAUAUCUUGUUUCUGUUCUGUAGGCCUAAG